GUUUGAAAAAAUGUAAUGUGUUGCUGUUUGUUUGUAGGCUUUGCAUGGGUGACGCUGGCCACAAAUGACUCCUAUUCUCUGGGAGCUCUGGUGCUGGCACACUCUCUCAAGCGGGUCAACACAGCUCAUCAGCUGGCCAUUCUCAUCACUCCUGGCGUCACUGAAGCUAUGAGGACACAACUGAGCGCAGUAUUCAACGUGGUCAAGGAGGUGGAUGUGCUUGAUUCGAAAGACACAGCCAACCUGGCUUUGCUGGCGCGGCCUGAGUUGGGUAUCACAUUCACAAAACUGCACUGCUGGCGUCUCACGCAGUACGACAAAUGCGUCUUCCUAGAUGCCGAUACACUUGUUCUGCAAAACUGUGACGAACUGUUCGAAAGAGAAGAGCUGUCAGCUGCUCCCGGGGGUUGGCCUGACUGCUUCAAUUCGGGAGUGUUUGUCUACAAGCCCUCAGACGAGACCUUCAAGGCCAUUUCUGAUUUCGCCCUCGUGCAUGGCACAUUCGAUGGUAAUUCAAUUGAACAUGAACCAAUUAUUCUGUAAACGUUAAGAA